AUGAAUACAUCAUGUGCCUGUCACUACGAGUACCAAUUCUACGAAUUUGCUGAGCGCAUGCUGCUUGGCCUGGUCGCCUUGCCUAUCAUUGUAUUCGGGCUAUGCGCCAAUCUAACAUCUGUUCGUAUAUUCACCCAUCGUCUGAUGUCAUCGUCGUCGAUUAACUGGUAUUUGGCUGUCUUAUCCGCUUCCGACACACUUAUUCUUAUUUCGGCGUUUUUUGUAUUGUCACUGCCACGCCUCGGUGAGUACCUCACCUGGUGGUAUGCCAACUACAUCAGGUUGGUUUUUGCUUAA